CCUCCCCCUCCAUCUCUGUCAGUAUAAGAUAUGGUCUCCCUUCUCUCUCACUCAGUCACAGCCUCAACACUGGAGCAAAGCUCAACAUCUUCAGAUCAUCUUCUCCCUGUUCACAAGAACUGCUGCAGUCAUGAAUGUAGGUAUCUGUGUGUGUGUUAUCCUGGCUGCUCUGACCAGUGGCUCCCUGAGUCUGCCUUCACAGUUCAUGAGAGCUGAGAGUUCGGCUCUAGUGACAGACAGUCUUCAUCCCUCCUCACCCAACCGCUACCGCCAGGCCCGCUCAGCUCCAGCGCCCCCCUCAGGCCACUUUUCCAGCUACAACCAGGAGGCAGACGCUUCCAACAGCCUGAGUGAGCUCCUGGCCAGACUCAUCUCCAGGAAAGGUUUUCCCUACCAGAGCAGAUCCUCCCUGAGCAGCAGAGCCAGCGGUUUGGCCCCCAGCCACAGGAUAAAGGACAGAGAUUACAUGGGCUGGAUGGACUUUGGAAGACGCAGUGCGGAGGAGUAUGAAUACUCCUCCUAAAGGCUUCAGUUGCUUUCUUCAAACCCUGAAUUAAAAAGUAAAAAGCCCCCCAAAACCAAGCCCUUUUCACACUGCACUUACUGUAACCCAGGACUGACCUGACGAGUUAUAGGAUGAGUUUAGCAUCAUAUCAUAAACAGAGACAAGAAUUACCUCCCAAAGCCAUCUGCACAUUCAAAUUCCAAUUUUAAACUUAAAUUUAAGGAAAAACGUAUGACAAUGUGCCGCAUUUCUGUUACUGUCAGGAAAUCUUCUGAUCAAACCAGCAAUGUGUUUGUCUGUUCAAUCAAUAUGUUCUUACUCCAUACCUGUCUGUAAUUAGAGUGAAGGACAAAUCAUUAAAAAUGGGUCACAAAGACAUUACUCACACAGGAGGGAAUGUGUUUGAGAUGAUUUUCAAGUGGUGGAUAAAUACAGAUUUAGUGCCCUUGUGGAUUUUUUGAUAAAGAGACACGCCACCCAGUGCAACAGUCUGGCACAAAUGAAUGAGCAGACUACGAGUGAUUCAUUCAAUGUUGGUUUUUCGUGGGAUUUGUGACAGUGAGAAAAGUUAUAUAGCUUUUAUUGGUGUAAACAGAUUAAAGACAGAGAUCUGGUACAACACUGAUUAAUGUCAUGUUUUCUACAUUUGAUUUGAAAGGUGAGCGUAAAGCAAAAAAAAAAAAAAUGCACUAAGUCGUUCCUUUCAAUCUAAUCAGAAUCAGAAUCAGAAUCAGAAUUACUUUAUUCAUCCCUGAAGGGAAAUUUUAUUUAAUUUAUCGUCAGAAAAAUAGUAGUGUCUCAGUAGUGAGCUCAGACUUACUCAAAGUAGUGUAAAAAUGUCUAAUUUCACUGACAGUUCAGAAUGUAUGUGGGGUCUUUUAUUGGACCUUAAUGAGCCACUAAGGUGUCUUUGACAAACUGGACCAAAAGUGGGAUUUGAGUCUGUGUCUUGAAUAGGUGUCACAAUGUACUCAGUUAACUACAACCCAGAGACUAGCUUCACUUCUAUUUCACACAAUAAAAAAAGUUAUUUUCACAUCUCACCGUCUGCAGCAGAAGAAAACAGCGUGAUGCAACUUUAAAAGAAAAUCUUUUCAUUUUAGCCACAGUAUGGAGUCAGUUUCUCAACUGAAAAAGAAAAGAAGCUGGAAAGGCAGCAGCAUCUCCUCAGUCUCAGUCCUGUAAGCUGAAUAAAACCUGGGCGAUAACUGUGCAGUGUGAAAAGCACAAAACCUGGAAAGCACGAGGCGUCGUCUAUAUGAGAUGCUUGGGAAACUCUCUGUUAUUGCAUUAUGGACUUCAGACACUUUAAAACCAGGAUUAGAAAUGCAGUAGAUGUUAGAUCUACAGAUUAGAUUUCAGAUGCGCUCUGAGAGGUUGAGUCUCUCAAAAAUAAUGAUAAUGUUACUGCAGAUUUUCAGGCUCAACAGAAGUCCAAAUGCAUUUAUCAGUGGGUUGAUCCCAAGUAUUUCAUGUAGCUGCUGUCUGAGUCCAGUAUGGAAGAGCUUUAUUCAGCACUGGAGCAGAGAACACUAGAUGUGUCUUUACAUGAGCAUUUGGUAAAAAUCUCCUAAGCUUUGUUCAUUACAUGUAAGCCAAGAUAUUAUCAUUGGUGUUGAUUGUGAACAAAACUCAGGCUUUUCCAGGAUUAGCAGAGGGAUUAAUGAGCUGAUUUCCUGAACAGAGAAUAUUUUAAACCUGACAUAAUUCUGAAACAUCUUAUUUUACAGCUAAACUAAACAGAAUUAAUGCCAACCAUCUGUGUCAGUGAUUAAAGCAGGAGAGAGUACCGUGGACCACAACGAUGACGUUGGUAGAUUUGAUCAUAUCAUUUUACAGAAUGCCUCCAGGUGAUCUGAAAGGAAAUGUGACAAAUUCUCUGCCACACUGCUGAAUAGAAAGCUCCCAGCUGUAAAUACAAUAUAAUAAAAUCAAGCUUUUAGUUUGGGAAUAUAAAUGGUCUCCAAAUACAUAAUCAUUUGAUGUGAAUUUGUCUGUAAAACUGAUAUAAAGCAAUAUAAAUGUAUAUGAUUUUUGAUUAAAGGGAAGGUUUGUGUUGA